CAUCAUUCAAAAGCUCAGAGAUUGACUCGAUGCCAUCGGCUUUCAAGCGUGGACCGAGGACCAUACCACAGGCCAACACGCCGUCGACUGCAUCUGCGCCAAGUACAGAUGCUCCAAGCUCAUCGACAGGUCAAUCUGCGCCGGUAGCAGGGAGCAGCACACCGACCUUGAGCACCCGCCCAACGACCCAUCCAACCCUCCGGCCCUCACCCUUCCCUCAACAGCUCCCCCUUCCACUCUUCUCCCUAGGUCUUCACGCCAUCAACGAUGUCUUCACCGGUGUAGGCCUGCCCUCUGCUUCCCUCGCCCUCUUCCUUCCACACCAAGACCCAUCCAGCGGACGGGAUGAUGAGGAUGAACGAAUGCGAGUCGGAGCGGCGCAAGCUUAUGCUGACCUGCUGAGCAAAUACGCUGCUGCACAGGGACUGGCAGCGGGUCAGAGGGUGCUGAUCAUCGGCGAAGGGGUCGAAAGCUGGACACAGGGACUGAUGGGAUGGGCUGAAAUGGAUGAGGACAUUGGAGCGUCGAAAGGGGAGUCCUCGUCAUCGUCGCAGCCACCACCAGCAGAGCCUUCAAAAGCAACUCCGGUGGCUACACCGGCCGCGCCUGAUGAGGAGAAGCUCAAGGUUGCCUUUCGCUACGAGCGACUCAAGCGCAUUAAUGAUGGGGCGACCGAUCGCGAGUCUUCCUCGUCCAGCUCGACUUCCUCGCAGCCCUUUGUCCACCCAUUCGACCUUUCGACACGCAUCUCACCUCUCGUGCUGCAAAAGGCAAAGAGCGAAGGAAGGCUGGUGGUGCAUGAUGUUGCUGAGGAUGUUGACGAGGAGGAACAUUCCAACACAUACGAAGAGGUCUGGGGGUUGGUCCGGUCCACCGUCGAGCGCUGGAGGCAGUCAUCGUCGACGGGCGAAGAGGACAUGAACAGCUCACUGCCAGCACGCAUCCUCCUCCCCUCGUUGGGAUCACCAUCGUGGAGCGUCCCUCCCGAACGGAGCCACGCCGGAGAGGCAUACCGUCUUCUGCUUCGGAUCAAAGGCCUGCUGCGACAGACGGCAUGGCCUUCCGCCUCAUCAUCUGCGUCCGCAAUGCAGCCACCAAUACCGAUAAUUGCCAUCUCCUCACCCUCAACUUGGCUGCUGCUGCCAUCGCCUAUCGGCAGCGCCGCAGCAGACGUGGCCCAUCGCCUCUCCUCACUAGCGGACGGCGCCCUCACUCUCUCCUCCUUCUCUUCCGACCCACGAACACGCUCCCUCUCCGACUCCACUUCCAUCCCUUCCACUUCCUCCCCCUCGCCAACCCUUUUCACCGGUGCCCUCCGUGUUCUUCGUACGCCCGCGCUGGGAUCACUUCGCGGACCCUCCAUUCGCGCCUCAGCAUUAAGGGGAAUGGGCGGAGGAGAGGAAUCCGGUGGAGGGGCGGGCAGCAGUGAGAAUGCUCUUGGGUUCAGAGUGAGAAGGAAGGGGGUCAAAGUCGAGGUCAUGGGGAGGGAUUUGGUCGCUGGAGGCGAGCCGAGCGGAGGAGGUGGUGAUCGAAAAACCGAAAGGAAGACGCAGUCGGGUGAGGGUGGAAAGGUCAAGCAGGCGGGAGCAGAGGGGGCAGGGAAGAACAAGACUACAGCGGUACCGAAGGCAGCCUCGCCGUCGGUGAGCGUGGGGAUCGAGGCUUCAUCACCACCGAAACAGCCAACCGCUGCAGCAGCAGGAACAGCUUCAACUCCCCCGCAGCCCGCCACCGCUCCAGCUCGUGCACCCCUGAAAGGUCUCGCAGCGCUACGGGCUCGUGGGCUUGAGGCGCAGCAAGGCCAGGAGACUAAACCCUCACCGAAAGCUCAGCAUGGAGGGCCGCAUGGCUCGCACGAUUGGUGAUGAUGGUAGGGGACUUGAAAUGGAAUGCACGAUCACACUGGGGCAGUCAUACAGAUGUCUAAGUCGUGUGUGAUUGAUGAACG